AUGGCAUCUGCUUUCGUACUCAUCUUGGCAACCGGCUCCCCGGACGUUGACACAAAAAUUGCUCUAAAAUUCGCUCCCCAAUACCCGCUCGCAUUCAUUUGCGAUACAAAAGAUGAUCUAAAACAGACUGUCAAAGCGGUCCAGGAUGCAGGCGGAGAGAUGUUACUCUUCGAAGCCGAUCUCUCUACAAACGACUACCUCCCAGAAUCCAUCGCCUCCGUAACCAAGAGCUUUGGGAAAAGAUGCGCUGCCGCAAUAUUUCAAUUGCGCACCAGGCUGAGACUAUCACUUCCCUUCCUGGAGCAAUCUACAUCUCAUAUUCGCGAGACGGCCGUGUCGCCCAUUGCCGGUGCCUACGCGUUUGCUCAACAAGCAGUUCCGUUGCUCUUCAAUCACGCUGACCGCGCAGGGUAUCCUCCGACUUUGAUAUUCAGCGGAUCGUCGGGGACUUCGAACUCUGAUAGAAUUGCCGACAACGCUCUGGUUGCUUUAUCCAGGAGCCUAGGAAGAGAAUUUGGAAAGAAAGGCAUUCAUGUUAGCCACGUCAAAUUUAACAAGAGUCGCGAAACAUCUUUAGGUACAGACCAAAGGACAGAGGAUACCAAAGCAACAUCAGUGAGUUGCUCUCAAUAA